AUGGCGGAGGCACAGAGAGACGAGCUGGAAGCGGAGCGGGACAUGAGCUAUAAAUGGACAGACACUGAUGUGGAGAGACUCAUCCGACUGCGGGUGAAAGGAAUACAUGCAGAUACAGGAAUAAAUAAAAAAAACUUCAUUUUGAGAUUAAUGGAGCUGGAGCUGCCAUCUCCGCAGACAGACCCUUCUCACCGUCUGGGCGUGAAGAUUGCGUCAGCUGUGAUUGGCACAGCGCGGUUUCCUGGAGAGGAGUGGACCCACGACUACCGUGACGGCUCGUUGCCACAGGGGCGCGGCGAACCGGCGGACUGUCGGCGGGAAGGAGGAAAGGGCAAAAACACCGGAGAGAGCACCGGCGUCCCCCACCACCAGCGCGGGCGAGGGAAGACUCGGCGCGCAAACUGUCCUGCAGCGGAGUGGCCCGCGGAGGAGCUCGGCACCGCGUUUGGAGAAGGCUACGCGUGGUGA